CAGACACAACACAAGCUCAGCUCACCCAGAACAACAAGACAAUGAAGACUAUUGCAGCUUUUGUUCUUCUCGCCUGCCUGAUCGCUGUAGGGGUAAAAGGACAGGACAGGUCUUCAAAGGGCAGGUGCUUGUGUGCAGACAAAGGUGUAAACAUGGUUUUAGUGAAGAACAUUGAGAAGGUUGAAAUCUUCCCUCCAAGUCCAUCUUGUCACAAACAUGAAAUUAUUGUCACUCUGAAGAAUGGUGCAGGACGCAAAUGCAUGAAUCCAGAGUCAAAAUUCACUCAAAAUGUCAUCAUAAAGACUCUUGAAAAGAGGAGUCAGCAGACUGUCCCACACAGCACAACUGUUUCUGUGCCACUGAAGAGCACCAUGACAUCAUCAUCAUCACCAACAUCCUUCAAAUGACUUCAGAGACCUCAGAUGUAUUAAUAUAAUAUAAGUUAAUAUAAGUUGGAGUUCAAUUUAAAAAGAAAAAGGGAAAAAAACUUUAAAACUAAAACUAUUUCCUAAUGUCUAAGCUGAUCAAAUUAUUAUUUAUCUGACCACUGGGCUGUUUUCACAAACAUAUUUUCAUUUCACUGAACAGUGUGUUAUAUGUACAGUCUUUUUAUUAUUAGUAGUAGUAGUAUUAUUAUUUUAUUAUUUGCUGUAUGAUUGUAUUUUCAUUGUCCGCAAAGAUGUAAAGUAAAGCUUUUUUUCUAUGAAUUAUGUCUUUCAGAGUAGUUCUUGCAUUCUGGAAUAAUGAGGAAAAAAUG